AGUGCUUGUAAGUGAAGAUUGUGAAAUACAUUUAUCAGUUCGGACCCCUUAUCAAGGACGCAAACAGAAAUUGAUUUUUAGGAUUGUGGUGGGCUUAUACAACCCCCCGAUACAUUCCAUUCUGGACAUCACACUCAUCUUCAGCUUUGGACCUAAAGAUCACAAGACGCCUUUAUCUUCAGAGCAACCUUUGUGAGGGUCCUGCCGGGAUCUGUCCCUCUUUUGUGGUCUGAUGGUAGUUUGACCUGCUUCUUGUUGGAGAUUUUGGGAAUCAAGGCAGCAUGUUGAGGUGUUUGCUACAGAGGGCGACCAAUCUGGGAAAUGUAGAAAAAGGGGAGAGGCAUAGUGACCCACUUGCUAGCAUCACUUUCAGAGGGACAAAAAAGAAGACCAAAGUCAUCAAAAAUAAUGUCAAUCCUGUGUGGAAUGAGGGCUUUGAGUGGGACUUAAAGGGUGUUCCUUUAGACUCUGCAGCAGAGCUUCAUGUUGUCGUCAAGGACCAUGAAAAAAUGGGCAGGAAUAGGUUUCUGGGGGAGUGUCGGGUAACUCUUCGAGAUGUGCUCAACUCUCCCAACCUAGCUGCUACUUUCACUGUGUCCCUGGUGGACACCAAAAGGAACAGCACAGGGGCCACAGUAAACCUGCAGGUUUCCUACAUCCCUCCUCCAGGGAUGGCUCCCAUCUUCCAGCCUCAUCCACAGCCAGAGGCCCAGCACACCCCAGUGGAGCUGGACACAGUUACAGUUUUCUCAUUGGACACUAUGGAUGAGGAGGACACUGAGAGCAUGCUGAUGAUGGAGGUGGUGGAGGAGACUGAACCGGUUCCAGGGCCUCAGGGUCAGGACACCGGGGCCCCUACAGCACCACCCAAAAAGGCUCCACCGAACUUUAACCAUGGCCAGAAAAAGAAAUGCCACAGCAACAAAUCCCCCCUGUCCCACACACCCCAGGACCUCCAGGUACGGCUGCGCAUCAUUGAGGGAAGACAGCUCCCUGGUGUCAACAUUAAACCAGUUGUCAAGGUCACAGUUGGAGGACAGACAAAGAGAACACGCAUCAGGAAGGGCAAUAAUCCAUUUUUUGAUGAGACUUUCUUUCUAAACUUCUUUGAGAAACCUUCAGAUCUUUUUGAUGAGCCUAUAUUUAUAACCGUAUUUGACUCCAAGUCACUACGGAAAGACUCUGUCAUUGGAGAAUUCAAGCUGGAUGUUGGCACGGUGUAUAAUGAACACCGACAUGCUAUUCUCAGGAAAUGGUUGUUGCUGGCAGACCCUGAUGAUCUUUCUGCAGGGGCCAGAGGUUAUUUAAAGGUCAGCAUGUUUGUGCUGGCUGCAGGUGAUGAACCUCCGAUGGAUAAGAAAGAGGGCCUGGAAGAAAAGGAGGAUAUAGAGGGGAACCUGUUGAGACCAGCUGGUCUUACCCUGACAGGAGCCACGUUUACUCUCAGAGUGUACAGGGCAGAAGACCUGCCUCAGAUGGAUGAUGCUCUUAUGGAUGGUGUCAAACAGUUCCUUGGUUUUGAAACUAAUCGAAAGAACCUGGUGGAUCCAUUCGUGGAGGUCAACUUUGCAGGAAAAACGAUCAGUAGUAAGAUUCUGGAGAAAACUGCUAACCCUCAGUGGAACCAGAGCCUCACUCUACCCAUCAGGUUCCCAUCCAUGUGUGAAAAGAUGAGGAUACGGAUUUUAGAUUGGGAUCGUGCUAGCCACAAUGAUGUUAUUGGCACUACACACUUAUGUAUUUCCAAAAUCUCAGCCCCUGGAGGAGAAAUUGAAGAUGAGUUUCCUCCCAGGACCUUCCACGGCACCAUGGAUGACAAUAUAGGCUUUCUUCCGACCUUUGGCCCCUGCUACGUCAACAUGUAUGGGAGCCCCCGAGAGUUCACAGCCUUCUCAGACCCACAUGAGGCACUAAACUUUGGAAAGGGAGAGGGUGUGGCCUAUCGUGGUCGUGUGCUGUUGGAGGUCAUCACAAAGCUGUCUCAUCAGGUGGAACAAAAGGUUGAAGACUUACACCCUGAUGACCUGCUGGUGGUAGAGAAAUUCAUGCGGAAGAGGAAGUUCUCCCUGUUUGCUGCAUUCUACUCAGCCACUCAUCUUCAGGAUGUAGAUGAUGCUGUUCAGUUUGAAGUCAGUAUUGGCAACUAUGGCAACAAGUUUGACAACACCUGUCUGCCUUUGGCCUCCACCACUCAGUUCAGCAGGGCUGUGUUUGAUGGCUGUCAUUACUACUACCUGCCAUGGGGAAAUGUGAAACCUGUGGUGGUCUUGUCUUCAGAGUGGGAGGAUAUCAGUCUUCGCAUAGAGGCCCUAAACAUGCUGCUCAGCAUAGGCAACCGAUUGGAGUCAAACCUUGAGCAGGUACAGCUGACACUCAAAGUAAGUAGUGAUGAACAGGAAGUGGAGCAGAAGGUUGUCCAGCUGCUUGAUGAUGUCAUAGCCGACUGCAGUGAGGAACUUCCUCAGUUGAAUAAAUGGCCCUGUGUGACUGCGCUGGAUAAAGCUCUGAGGAAUCUGCGCAAGAUUAACAUGCAGCAGAUAGUGCAGGCGGCACUGGCGCUCAAACAUGGACCAGAGACCGAGCUGAGUGCAGUGCUGGAGCAGGCGGAGGACUGGACCCAGAGACUUCGCCACCUUUCUGAGGAGCCCCAGAACAGUCUGCCAGAUAUAAUAAUCUGGAUGCUUCAGGGAGACAGACGAGUGGCCUACCACAGAAUCCCUGCCCAUCAAGUUCUCUUUUCCCAUGGUUAUUGCGGAAAGCAUUGUGGCCAACUUCAGACGGUUUUCAUGAAGAAUCCACAGGAAGACGGGGGAUAUAGUAAGAUCCCAGCUCAGCUCAGGGUCAAGGUGUGGCUCGGACUGACUGCUGAUGUCAAAUCCUUUAACCAGUUUGCCGAGGGCAAACUCUCUGUGUUUGCAGAAACGUAUGAAAACCAGACUAAAUUGGCUCUGGUGGGGAACUGGGGUACGACGGGUUUGACAUACCCCAAGUUCAGUGACGUGACUGGCAGAAUCAAACACCCAAAAGAGGGCUUCAAACCCCCUCCAGGAUGGAGCUGGGCAGGAGACUGGUACGUCAGCCCAGAAAAAACAUUGCUGUAUGACGCUGAUGCAGGUCAUAUAAGCUUUUUGGAAGAGGUGUUUGAAAAUCAGAUGCGUUUGCCAGGAGGACAGUGGAUUGGCAUGUCGGAAGGGUACACAGAUGUGAAUGGAGAAAAGGCCGUGCCUAAAGAUGAGAUCGAGUGUCCCCCCGGCUGGGUGUGGGAGGAUAUUGAGUGGAGCGAGGAUCUGAAGCGUGCAGUGGAUGAUCAAGGGUGGGAAUAUGGAAUAACCCUCCCCCCAGACCGCCGACCAAAGUCCUGGGUUCCAUCCGAGAAGAUGUACCACACCAACCGCCGGAGACGUUGGAUACGACUCCGCCGUAGAGAUAUGCAGAAAAUGGAGGCGCUCAGAAAACAGCGUCCGGACGAGUCGGAGCGUGAGGGCUGGGAAUAUGCCUCUUUAUUUGGCUGGAAGUUUCACCUUAAGCAAAGGAAGACUGACUCCUUCCGUCGCCGGCGCUGGAGAUGCCGUAUGGAGCCAUUAGAAAAGACGGGGCCGGCGGCCAUCUUUUCCUUGGAGUGUUCGCUGACCAGUGUUACUGAUGAAAAGAAUGAUGAUAAGUCAGUUACAACAACCUUUGGUGUCAACCGCCCGACCAUCUCCUGCUUCUUUGAUAAUGGGACCCUGUAUCAUUUGCGAUGUUACUUGUAUCAGGCCAGAGACCUGCUGGCAAUGGAUAAGGACAGUUUCUCAGAUCCCUAUGCCAUUGUGUCCUUCCUGCAUCAGAGCCAGAAGACAGUGACUGUUCGGAACACGCUCAAUCCCACCUGGGACCAGACCCUCAUCUUUUAUGAAGUGGAAAUAUUUGGAGACCAUCUCGUGACUGAGAGGAACCCUCCACACAUUGUGGUGGAACUGUACGAUCAGGACACCUAUGGUGCUGAUGAGUUUAUGGGCCGUUGUGUUUGCAAAUCAUCAAUGGUGUCUACCCCUCGCCUCGCCUGGUAUCCCAUCCAGAAAGCUGGGAAGCCUGCUGGAGAACUGCUUGCUGCUUUCGAACUGAUCCGCAGAGAUAAACCUGCAGUUCAUCACAUCCCCGGUCAAGAGGGGGAUAUUAUACCACCCUCACAUAUCAUGGAUGAGCUUGUGAUUCCAGGGUUCCUCUCUGACAGUCAACAGCAAUGGCCAGAGGACUCUGAUUUGCCUUAUCCACCUCCACAGAGGGAACCUAAUGUCUACAUGGUGCCGCAGGGCAUAAAACCUGUCCUACAACGCACUGCUAUUGAGAUACUGGUGUGGGGUUUGCGUAACCUGAAGAGUUUCCAGUUGGCCAGUGUGACAUCUCCCAGUCUUCAGGUGGAAUGUGGAGGAUGUGUGGUUCAGUCAUGCGUCAUUCGAAAUACUAAGAAAAACCUCAACUUUGAUGUCAACACCCUGUUCAUUGAUGUCCGACUGCCCAAGGAAGAGCUCUACAUGCCCCCAUUGGUGAUCAAGGUUAUAGACAACCGUCAGUUUGGCAGGAAGCCUGUAGUGGGCCAGUGCACAGUCCACUCGCUGAAUGAGUUCCGCUGUCAGCCAGAGAGCCUGGACAGAGACCCUACGGAAGAAGAAUUUGAGGCAAUUGCUCACACCCCUAGAGAUGACUUCCUGGUUGAUAUUGAUGAUAAGGAGCCUCUCAUUCCUGGACAGGCAGACUGCACCAGCUCUGCCAUUAUUAACAUCUCGCCUUCUCAGUCCAGCCUCCAUUUGGGGCGAUGGCAGGAUGAAUUUAUGGACUGGUGGAGCAAGUUUUAUGCCUCCACGGGUGAGAGAAACAAGUGUGGCAGUUAUCUAGAGAAGGGCUUCGAUACGCUGCAGGUGUAUGACAGGGAACUGGAGAAGGUUGAAGGCUUCGAGCAGUUGGCUGAUUUCUGUCAAACGUUUAAACUUCACCGUGGAAGAGUCCAGAAUGAGAGUGAAGACCCUUCUGUUGUUGGAGAGUUCAAGGGCUCAUUUAAGAUCUAUCCAUUGCCUGACGAUCCCUCGAUGCCCGUACCCCCACGCCAGUUCCGCAAACUUCCCCCGAACGGUAUAGAGGAGUGCCUGGUACGUGUCUACAUCAUCCAGGCCUAUGGCUUACAGCCCAAAGAUGCCAAUGGCAAGUGUGACCCCUAUGUUAAGAUCACACUUGGCAAGAAAUCAGUCGAUGACCACGACAAUUACAUACCCUGUACUUUGGACCCUGUCUUUGGAAAGAUGUUUGAGCUGACUUGCUCUCUGCCUCUUGAGAAGGACCUAAAGAUCACGCUGUAUGAUUAUGACAUGGUCACUAAAGAUGAGAAAAUUGGAGAGACUGUCAUUGAUUUGGAAAAUCGCUUCUUGUCGCGUCAUGGUGCUCGCUGCGGCCUGCCACAGUCCUACUGUUUGUCUGGAGUUAACCAGUGGCGAGAUCAGCUGAAACCAUCCCAGUUACUUCAUCGUCUGUGCGAGAAGCGAAACUACAAACUGCCGGUCUACAAGCAGGAUAGAAUCUACUUCAGAGGACAGGAGUACACAGUUGCAGACCUUGAUGAAGGAAAACCUCUUAACGCUCACCUGGGACCAGUGAUGGAGCGUCUAGCUCUGUUGGUGUUGAAGAGGCAGUGUCUGGUGCCUGAACAUGUAGAGACGCGACCCCUCUACAGCCCUCUACAGCCAGAUAUAGAACAGGGGCGGUUGCAGAUGUGGGUGGACAUUUUCCCGAAAUCUUUAGGCCCACCAGGACCUCCAUUCAACAUCACGCCACGCAAAGCUAAAAAGUUCUUCCUGCGCUGUGUUAUAUGGAACACAAGAGAUGUUAUCUUGGAUGAUGUCAGUGUUACUGGGGAGAAGAUGAGUGACAUUUAUGUGAAAGGCUGGAUGCACGGCCACGAAGAGAACAAGCAGAAAACAGAUGUGCACUAUCGAUCACUGGGUGGUGAGGGAAACUUUAACUGGCGUUUCUUCUUCCCCUUCCACUAUUUACCUGCAGAACAGCUCUGCACCAUUGAUAAGAAGGCAGGAUGUGCAGACCGCACGGCCUGUUUACCGGUGAACGGCAGCAGUGCGGCUCUGUCAAGCGAGCAUUUUUGGAGUCUGGAUAAAGUUGAAACAAAACUCCCUCCUAAACUUACUAUCCAGAUCUGGGACAACGACAAGUUCUCCUUUGAUGAUUUCCUUGGCUCUUUGGAAAUGGAUCUGAACCAUAUGCUGAGUCCAGCAAAGUCUCCAGAGAAGUGUGGUCUUGAGAUGCUCUCUCAGUCCCAGGACAAACUGGUGUCUUUGUUUGAGCAGAAGGCAGUAAAAGGCUGGUGGCCUUGCAUAUGUGACAGAGAAAACAAAAAGAUACUUGCAGGAAAGGUGGAAAUGUCACUGGAAAUCGUGUCUGAGCAGGAGCAGGAUGAGAGGCCUGCAGGACUCGGCAGAGAUGAGCCCAACAUGAAUCCCCAUCUAGAUGAGCCACAGCGUCCUGAGACCUCAUUCUUAUGGUUCUCAUCCCCAUAUAAGACGUUUAAGUUCAUUGUGGAGUCAUGCACACUGAAGAACUAUGCUGCUAUGAAGAUGGUUGGACCCUUCAGUGGAGUGGGAAAAGGAACACAGUGA